CACCAUCGGAAGGCGAUAGUAGUUCGUAUGCUCAAACAAUCGGCUCUCUACGUGUUGAAAGAAUUAUUGUCCUGGGACUUGAAAAGAAGCCUACUAAAAUAUUGGCCUAUCAUAAUUCGGAACCUUCUGCGGUGAAUGUGGUACGAUUUGAAGUUGGUGGGAUGGGAACUGCAAUUAGCGCAUCCACUCCUUCAACAGAUGUACUCGUGAUUAAAGAUCCAAAAUUAUCCAUCACCAAAGAUUGGACGAUGGAGUUUUUAAAUUGA